AUGCCACCUAAAAAAAUUAAGGAAACUGCUACAUGCGGAAAUCCGUUAUUUUUAAAAUGGUUAGGAGAAUGGAUGGAAUCCGAAAGAGCAACUAACAAUAAAAUUUAUUACACAUAUAAAAAGGCGUAUGAAUCAAUGUCCAAAUAUCCUUUGCCAUUUUCGCAUCCAUCCGAAGCAGCUAUUUUAAAUGGAAUUGGUCCCGGAAUUUGUCAAAAGUUGGAGAUAAGGUUACAAAAACAUUGCGAAGAAAUAGGUCAACCAAUGCCUCAACGUCUUGAUGAAUCAAUAAAAUCAGAAAGAAAUGUAAGAAAAAGAAACCAACAAGAAAGUAAUGAUUACAAUGAAGAAAUUAUGUUAAACGGGGCAAAGCGCAAAAAUCAAAAAACUUCCACACCGAAAAUCUAUAUACCAAAAUUCAGAUCAGGUGCCUACGCGAUUUUGCUAGCACUUUACAAGUCGUCCGAAGUUAAUUCAAUAAGCUCUAUGAUAAAAACAGAUCUCAUUAAAGAAGCUCAACAAUAUUGUGAUUAUUCUUUUGAUAUGCCAAACGGAAAACAACAUUUUUAUACGGCAUGGAAUAGUAUGAAAACUUUACUUGAGAAGGAUUUGGUCUAUAAGAGUAGCUCUCCUAUACGUUUUUCUUUGACAGAAGCUGGAUUAACAGUUGCUCGACAGAUGGUACUAACUGCAAGUGUACAAGAAUGUUCGUCAUCUUUCAAAGAUAUCGACGAUCGAAAUGAACAUACAAUUAUUUCCGCUUCGAAUAUACAGAUGUCUACUUUUGAUCCUAUUAUUUGGACACCUGAUAUAUUUGAGGUAAUCUUAGUUCUAGAUACGCGCGAAGUAAAGUUAAAGAAGGAUCGUGAUUAUAUUCAAGAAACCUUACAACAGAGAGGCGUCAAGAUAUCCGUCAGGAAUUUGGAACUUGGCGACGUUAUUUGGGUUGCACGGAAAAAUGGUUCUUUCAUACACCAUGAAGAUAUUGUAUUGGAUUAUAUUGUGGAAAGAAAAAGAAUGGAUGACUUAAUUGGAAGCAUUAAAGAUGGUCGAUUUAGAGAACAAAGGUUUCGUUUAUCAAAAUCGGGUGCAGGACAAAUUAUUUAUUUAAUAGAAGAUUAUAAUCUUGAAAAAGCAGUUGAAUUUGGAAUGGAUGCCGUCAAAACUGCCAUGUCAUCAAUUCAAAUGUUAAAUGGAUAUUUCCUAAAACGAACCGCAAACAUUGAUCAAAGCAUUGAUUAUUUGGUUAGAAUGACUAAAAUGUUGAAAAAUAUUUAUGAGAAUAAGACUUUGUACGCAAUUCCCGAUAAUGCUAUAUAUCGUAACACAUUCCUGGAAAUGAAACAAAAUUUAACUUUGAUGUAUCCAGAUCGGAAUUAUCAUGUGACAUAUUCAUCAUAUUGUGAUCUCAACAGCAAAAGUAGAAAUUUGACAUUAAAAGACACCUUUAUUAAGAUGAUAAUGACUAUCAAAGGGAUCAGUGCAGACAAAGCUGCUGAAAUAAUUAAAAAAUAUCCAACACCACUUAAAUUGGUUCAAGAAUUUAAUUCUAUAUCUAACGAGGAUGAUAAAAAGAAAAUGAUUAUGGCCGCAUGUGAAAGCGCCAUCCGUCGAAAACGGAUUGGUCCUACUCUGAGUGAAAAAAUGUACCAAAUUUGGUGUGCUGACAAUUAUUAA